AGAGAGAGGGAGGACCCCCGCGCGCGCGCAUCCAUGCGUGCCAAGCCUCGUACGAGGUGGGGCCCAUGAGUCCCAUCCCCGCCCCGCCAUUGGCCUCCUCCUCCCUUCUCUUUCACACCUCCUCCUCAAACCAGUCCACAGGGAGGUUGAAACCAACAAAAAAAAUAAAUUAAAGGUGGGGAAGAUGAUGGCAGCGAGCGAAUCAGAAGCUAGGGGUAGCUUCCCGGGUUUCCGUUUUCUACCAAAAGUUCUAUUAUUGGAGGGGCCAUGGCGGACGAAUAAGGAAAGCCCGGCCACUCCCCCGCUAAGAAAAUCCAAUCUUUUUUCACUUCCUCCGCCGUCCCGCUGCGCCGCCGGACUAGGGUUCGGCCGCCACGGUGCGCUCAACGGUCGGGCUGAGAUCCUUAGCUUGCAGUUCUCUGACAGAUCUGCGAGUUUCUGGAUUCUAUUGCGCAAAUCGUCCAUCUUUCGCCUGCUUCUGCAGCAAAGGAUUCAGAGAGAUUGAAAUGGUGAGGGGGAAGACGGAAUUGAGGCGUAUAGAGAACCCGACGAGCAGGCAGGUGACUUUCUCGAAACGUAGGAACGGAUUGUUGAAGAAGGCGUUCGAGCUUUCAGUGCUCUGUGACGCGGAGAUCGGCCUCAUCAUUUUCUCCUCCAGCGGGAAGCUCUACGAGUUCUCCAGUUCCAGCAUGUCGAACACUAUUGAGCGUUACAAGAAACAUGUCAAAGAUGUGAUCGAGAAUAGCAGAUCAACUGAGCAAAAUAUUCAGCCCUCGAAGAAGGAUGCAGAAGAUAUGGCAAGGAAGAUCGAGCUCCUCAAUGUUUCGAAGCGGAAGCUAAUGGGGGAAAGCCUCGAAUCCUGUUCUGUGGAAGAGCUCCAUGAACUUGAGAGUCAGCUCGAGCAGGGCCUAACCAGAGUUAAGAGAAGAAAGAACCAUGUUCUAAAGGAGCAGAUAACGCAACUUAAAGAAAGGGAGAGGGAGCUACAAGAAGAGCAUGAUUUGCUUCAAAAGCAAGCGGAUUUCUUAGCUUCAUCAUUGAGGAAGCCUGAGGUAGCCGUAGAAGCUCUUCAGGAAGUUGUUCCUGAAGGGGAUAACCAGCACAAGGAUGUAGAGACAGAACUGUACAUCGGAUGGCCUGCAGGGGGAAGCACCCAACAACUUUUGAAAAGAAAGAUUGAGGUAAAGAAUAAUGUUAAGUGUAGACUGAUUGCAGAAGCAAGGUUCCAACGGCUAUGGCUGCUUCCUGCAACUCUGUAAGGGCACAGAAGUAAUUUUCACAAGAAUUAUUUAAAAUUUAUAAAACUAAGCAAUUUUAUUAAAUAAAUGACGGAUCGUUGCAUGCUGAUGUUGCAGGCAAUUAUAAUUAUUAGCUAAAAGCAAAAUAGCUAUUUAGACUAUUGUUGUGUCUCAAAAUGAUAUGAAUUAUAUUGUUAAAAAUAAUCCAGUU